CUUCUUCCACCACUAAAGAAAACAAGUAAAAUAAAUGUGUUUCAUAAGUCAUUAAUAAAACAAGUUAAGAAGCGUUUCCGGUUUUCUUUCACAUUAAACUGUGAUGUGACUUAUGUCAAACUCAGCUGUGCGCGUCUGCGCAUCUGCCGCUCUGCCGCUCCGCCGCUCUCUAAACUGCUCCACCGCUUCUGCUGCUGCUGAUUUUUUUUUUUACCAAAAGCAAUGACAUCGUCUGCACGUAUUAUUUAUGAUAGCCUUUAAUAAUUGAUCUAUUUAUUUAUUUUACCACUAGAUCGACUUUGCAGCCGCCAGCGACAGAUAAGCUCUCUUCUCCUCCUCCUCCUCUCCUCCUCUUCUCCUCCUCUUCGUCCUCCUCCGACUUGUUCCAGCAGCGUGUUGAUGAUCGAUACAUCUGACUGAAAAAUCUGUUUGUUCAUGCAUGUGUACAUGGCCAUGUCCAAGAGCGCUGGCACCCUGCGGGACCUUCAGCUGGCUCUGCAGCUGAAGAUCGAGGAGCUGCGACAGAGAGACGCUCUCAUUGAUGAGCUGGAGCUGGAGCUGGACACUAAGGAUGAUCUGAUCAGACAGCUGCAGAUAGAGCUGGACAAGCAUCGCAGCGCCUCACAGCACGCAGCCAACCUUGGGGAGACGGCAAACACAGGAGCAGCAGCGCAGACUCCAGCAGUACCUGAUGAACCUCAGCGCACCAAGCGACAGGCCAUCUCAGCAGAGCCCACAGCGCUGGACCCCUCCCAGCUCACGGACGUUACACUCACCAGCUACUGCAAGACCAAAGAGUCCAGUGAGCUGAUCCAGAGGGCUCUGAUGGACAAUGACUUUAUGAAACAUCUGGAACAUGGGCAGAUCCUCACCAUCAUGGACUGUAUGCAUCCCACCAGCCUGGCCAAAGGCUGCUGUGUGAUCCAGGAGGGAGAUGACGGCUCGACAGUCUACGUUCUGGAAGAGGGAAUGGUCGAAGUGACGAAACAAGGGAAGAAACUGUGCACCAUCGGUCCGGGAAAAGUGUUUGGAGAGCUGGCCAUCCUGUACAACUGCACUCGCACAGCAACUGUAACAGCUCUGACUGAUAUCAAGCUCUGGGCGAUUGACCGACAGGGUUUCCAGACCAUCAUGAUGAGGACUGGUCUCAUCAAACAUUCCCAGUACACAGACUUCCUCCGCAGCGUUCCCUCCUUUCAGCUGCUAACUGAGGAUGUUCUCAGUAAACUGGCUGAUGUUUUGGAAGAGACUCAUUACAGCGAUGGUGAUUACAUUAUCCGUCAGGGAGCCACCGGAGACACAUUCUUCAUCAUCAGUGAAGGACAGGUGAACGUCUCUCAGCAGAACUCAACUAGCGAGGAGCCAGUGAUGGUGAAGACUCUGUCCAAAGGGGACUGGUUUGGAGAGCAGGCUCUGAAAGGCGAGGACGUUCGCACAGCCAGUGUCACAGCUAUAGGAGAAGUCAUAUGUCUGGUCAUUGAUAGAGAGUCCUUCAAACAGCUGAUUGGAGGACUGGAGGAAGUCAACAACAAGCAGUAUGACAAUGAUGAGGUCAAGGCAAAACUGCUGGCAGAGGCAGAUUUCUUCUCCAGCGUGUCGCUCAGUGAUUUCAAUAUCAUCUGCACUCUGGGGAUGGGAGGCUUCAGUCGUGUAGAACUGGUUCAGUUAAAGAAUGAUUCCAAUCGAUCGUUUGCCCUGAAAGUGUUAAAGAAACGUCACAUCUUGGACACCAGCCAGCAAGGCCACAUCCUGUCAGAGCGCCACAUCAUGAUGGAGGCUCACAGUCCUUUCAUCAUCAGGUUGUAUCGAACUUUCAGAGACUCCAAAUAUCUCUACAUGCUGCUGGAGGUUUGUCUCGGGGGAGAACUGUGGACACUGCUGCGAGACAGGGGUUCAUUUGAUGACGGCAUCACGCGGUUCUACACAGGCUGUGUCAUCGAGGCUCUGGCUUUCCUUCACUGCAGAGGAAUCAUCUACAGAGACCUCAAACCUGAAAACAUCAUACUGGACCACCGAGGAUAUGCCAAGCUGGUGGACUUUGGCUUUGCGAAGAAGGUGGGUCUGGGGAAGAAGACGUGGACGUUUUGUGGGACUCCUGAGUACGUCGCGCCUGAGGUCAUCCUGAACAAAGGCCACGACAGCUCGGCUGACUGCUGGUCUCUGGGAAUACUGGUUUUUGAGCUGCUCACUGGCAGUCCCCCAUUUUCAGGCUCUGAUCCCAUGAAGACCUAUAACAUCAUCCUGAGAGGCAUCGAUAUGAUCGAAUUUCCCAAGAAGAUCACCAAGAGCGCUGCUAAUCUGAUCAAACGACUCUGCAGGGACAAUCCCUCAGAGAGGCUGGGAAAUCAGAAAAAUGGAGUGAAGGACAUCCAGAAACACAAGUGGUUUGAGGGCUUCAACUGGGACGGCCUCCGGCAAGGAACCAUAGACUCUCCGUUCACUCCCACAGUGGACGGGCCACUGGAUAACAGCAACUUUGACUAUUUCCCAGAAGACACGGAUGACCCUCCUCCUGAUGAAGAGUCUGGUUGGGAUGCUGAGUUUUAACAAGACAUGAGUAAUAUCUGAGUGCUGACUAAACAAGAAAUAAAGUGGAAACAGGAUACUUGAAAAAGAGGAAGUGAAGUCAUGAUGGAAAGAGCUACCACUUUUUAUUUCCUGUCAAUGUUUGCAUCCAAAGUCAAAGGGAAAAACUCUGAUGUGAUGUGAUGGAACAAGAAAAACAGAAAAACAUCGACAUUAAACACAGUGUACAAUGCAAUCAUCACAGUCCCAGAAGGAAGGAGAUGCAGAAAUAUAUCAUAGUAUAAUCACAGUAAAGACAAUGUUAAGAAAAAAAGACUUUGAGAAUCAAGUCAAUAUAUUUUAAAAAAAUGUAAUUUCCAGUAAAAUACUAUGAGAAAAGUUGUAAUUUUAUGGGUAAAAUUGUAAUAUUUCCAGUAAAAUACUAUGAGAAAAGUUGUAAUUUUAUGGGUAAAAUUGUAAUAUUUCCAGUAAAAUACUAUGAGAAAAGUUGUAAUUUUAUGGGUAAAAUUGUAAUAUUUCCAGUAAAAUACUAUGAGAAAAGUGCUGACUAAACAAGAAAUGAAGUGGAAACAGGAUACUUGAAAAAGAGGAAGUGAAGUCAUAAUGGAAAGAGCUACCGCUUUUUAUUUCCUAUGAAUGUUUGCAUCCAAAGUCAAAGUGCAAAACUCUCACAUGAUGUGAUGGGAGAAGAAAAACAGGAAAACAUUUACAUUUAACAUAGUGUACAAUGCAAUCAUCAAAGUCUCAAAUGGAAGGACGUGCAGAAUUAUAUUACAGUAUAAUCACA